AUACUUUCUCGAAGCGAAAGUGAUUCAAUCGCAGAAACCACACUUGCAGGCAUCAGCAACAGAGACAUUGCAUUGCAUACCUACCCCGGACGACCACACAUUACAAAAUCCGGUUGAAAACCCUUCCACUGCGAUCUAAUUCAUUUCGUUUUACUUCAGCACGUUCCGAACCGUAAGUCAAACCUCCUUUCACGAUGCAAAUGCUAUCAAGACCCACCGGAUCCUCCAAUGCAGCCUUCCUGGCUGCCAUUUAUGUCGCAGCCUGUUCCAUGCUUCCAACCACGGAGUCCCUUGCACCCAUUGUGCCCCUGGCGUCGACACCGGCGUCCGCCACGUCGACCACCCUGUGGAUCCAGAGCGAAAACUCCAAGCACAACGGCCGURGCCGGGGCGGACGCCAGGGUGGCUACCCACAGGGCGGCGGCGGYGGCCAGGAGUACGACUACUCCGRAGGAAACCUCAAGUACGGAACGGGCAAGUACACCCAGCGAGAAAACGACGGCUACCAGGGCGGCGUCAACAUUUCGAAGAACGGCCGUUCCAUGCAGGACGGCGUAUACCGCGAGGAUCGCCUCAACGUGGACCGGGCCCGGGGCCGCCCCCGCGGGGGCAACGACUUUGAUUCCCGGAUGGACGAGAUCGAGGACCUCKAGCGGGGCCUGGGCCGUGGGAUUCCCAUGGGGGGUCCCCGCGAGGGAAUGCGAGACCGCAUGAUGCGGAACCGACGCAACGGACCCCUGGACGGCGACAUGUACGACAUGGGCGAUGRCUACGGUCCCUCUGGCGGCGUUCGCAACCGCAUGGGAGGUGGCGGCUUGCUGCGAGACCUCCAGGAAGCGGGGGGCCGAAACCGCGACGGAUACGACGACUUUGGAUCCCGGGGUGGCGGCUACUCUAUGGGCGGCAGUGGAGGCGGAAAGGUCAUGGGGGGUUCCUCCCAUGGCCGCGGCGGGGGCUACCGAAGCAGCCAGUUCCAGUCGGAUCUGAGCAACGAGCGCCGGCGGUUCGAGGAAUACGGKUUCCGAAUGGAGGACUACCUCGACGAGCAAGACCUCAUCGACGAAACCGGACGGAAGGUAAGGAUGAACAACGGCCGCAGACGGAACGGAUACGGCAUGAGCAACUUUGACCGCCGGCGGGACAAUGYCGACGACUUUUACGACGAUGAAUUUUACGGAAUGGAUCGGCAGCAGGGCGAGAACCGAGGAAUGGGCGGCGGCGUGGACUCGCUCCGACAGCAAGGGGGCAGCCGCGGAGGAAUGAGCGAUUCCUACCGCCAGGGCAGCCGCGGAAUGGGCAGCAAYGGAAUGGAUUCCUUUCGGGAGCGACACAACGGCCGCGGUGGAAGCAGGCGUGGAGGCCGCGGUGGGCGACAGGGAUCCUACAACGACUACGAUGGCUAUGGUGACGACUACGGUGACUACGGAGACGACUACCGCGGUGGCAGCGGCGGCGGUCUCUUGCGAGACAGGCGCUAGACGUGCCGCUCCAUUGAUGUCACAUGGCGUGGCGGCAUCGAACACUGGUCGCAUGWACGGUGGCUGCAUCGAUUGUCGCGUCGCGAACGUUUUUAUGUGUAUCCAAAUCUGGAAACAGAGUCUCUCUUUGUUUGCUGCAGUUGCCUGCCCCAACUUUUUAGGUUGUGGCAUGGUCUUGCACCGGCCAUGCCGAAACGCUCUCCGCUCGGUGCGUUGCAUCCUGUGAUCCAGGUCGGUGAGGAACGAAUUUCGGAACGAUCGAAAAAAUAGUUUCCCAUCGCUGUGCUUCUGCGCAAGGUAAUCACAAAAACCGCAGCACCAUACAUCAAAACAAAACCACCCCUAAGAAUUAACAAACGAAGCACCCUYAAUAAUAACACACACUAUCACUCCACACAACCUAAACCCCUAUCACUCUCACYAAUACCACCUAGUUUUUGGCUUUAAAAAGUACGAGUAAAAGACAACCCUGCAG